CCCCUGAGAAACAGCUGACUCAGUGAGAUGACGUGGAGGGGCGCCUGGUGGCGUUCUAAGCUCCUGGUGUGGGCGACGGUGCUGUGCCUGCUGGUGGGCGCAACUUCGGGUCGCUUCAGGAGCAAUCGCAGGUCUUCAGGAGAGACCAUCGUAUCAGACCUGGUCGACGGCGAAGGGGGUGACCUCGACCCAGUGGGAGAUAUACGUCACGUUCUCCCGAAGUUGAACCUCGAAAAUAACACAGUGACAGAUGUGAGGGUGAACGUUGGCGAUGUUGCAUACCUGCCCUGUCGCUUCCCCCAGCUGUCUACUCUGCAUCAGGUGUCGUGGAUCCGUCGCUGGGACUGGCACAUCCUCACCACGGGGAUCUACACCUACACGAGUGACCUGAGGUUCAACGUCCUCCACACUGAGGGCUCUGACGACUGGACGCUGCAGCUCAAGUACGUCGAAAAUAAGGACAACGGGACGUACGAGUGCCAGAUGUACACAGGGACAGGCGUGCUUUCCCAGUUCGUCAACCUGCACGUGAAUACACCACGUGCGGUCGUGCUCGGGCCUCAGGAGCUCCACGUGCAAGAGGGAGACACCAUAACACUUGUUUGCGUCAUACAACAGAGCAAACCUCCCUUCGUGUUCUGGUACCACGGCGAUCAAAUGGUGAACUACGAUGGCUCGAGGAAUCGCCUCAACGUUAUUACACAGGUCGAAGGCUCUCGAACGAACUCUCGACUCACUAUCACCGACGCCAGAUAUACGGACUCCGGGAACUACUCCUGUCUGCCGCCCAACGUCAAGCCUGCCUACGUUCUGGUCUUCGUCAGUCAGGCUGGAGACACGGUGGCCGCAGUACAGAGACGAGGCCACACGUCCACGGCUCCCACGACGCUCCCCUCUGCCACCAGCGUCGCCGUCAGCGUUAGUGUGUGUUUCACCCUCUGCGUCAGCGUCUUCACCCACUUUCUUCCUACGAGAUGAUGGUUCCUCUCUCUCUUCCUGGUGGUUUUACUGUAAAGAAAAAUUAUGUAUAGAGAGGGAAAAAAAUAAAAGAGGUCUAUAUAUCCACCUAAUUACAAAAAGAUAUAUAUAUAUAUGUACAUUGUAACCCUCCUUCAUUGUGAACGUUUUAUGUAUAUAAAUAUAAUUACCGAGUUUUCAUUCAGAAAAAGUUUUGUCCCCAAGAUGGGUUUAUGUAUUCUCCCGGUGAAUGUUAAAUGUGUCAUGUGUUUUAUGUGGUCAUGAGGUCGUAUGACGAGGGUUUGGUUGUCAUGGUAAUUUGGGGAAAGGGGGGUAGGAGGGGGCUGUGCCACAUGGAGGGUGUGGUGGUGGUGGUGGUGAUAGCAUAAGUUGAGUAGGCUGUGAUUUUAUUCCUUUUGUAAAUUAUGCCAUCCUUGCUCGAACUAUUAAUGACGGUGUUGUUGGCGGUGAUAUGAUGAUAGUAAUGAUAAUGAUAACGAUGACAACAGGAAUGAUAAUGAUGAAGUUAACAGUAAUGAUAAUGAUAUCCCAUAACAAUGAUAACAACAACAGUACACACAAAAUAAUAAAUAAAAACAGCAAUGACAACAAGCUAAGAUAAAAUGAACGAAUCAGAAGUGAAGAUGCCAGAGUCAACACGGAAUAGAAAUGAAGACUUUUAAUAAAGUAAAGGAAAUGAAGCAACAACAAAAAUCAAAAUGCAUAUAAAAUCCUGUCGUUGAUGAAGAGAGAACGAAAAUCAAAAUAACCAAUGAACGGAGAUUAAAUUCGAUUGUACACUUAAUGAAAAGGAUAGUGAUAAAUAGGUAAACAAAAUUAUAUAAAUAAUACACAAGUAAUCUAUCAUGAUAUUCACGGAUACAAUUGAUAUUGACACUAAGUUCGAUGAAUAAUGUAUUAAUGUCAGGCGUGACG